CGCUCCCCUCCUCCCUCUCCGCCCGGUCUUCCUUCUCCCCCCUCCCCUACCGACCUCCAAACCAAGUCCCAUUUCCCCAUCUCAUCAAUCCCUCCAUAAAUCCCCUCGCCUCGCCUCCGGCCUCACCUCCGCCGCAGCGGCGGCAGAAGAUCGGCUCUUCCUCCAUCCGGUGCCGUUCCAGCUUUUCCUGCGCAUCUUUUGGAGCAAAGUUCGCGCCGGAAAGCCUUUUUCUCGCUGGAGGAAAAGGUCGCGGGUUCAAUCACAGGUGGAAAGCUCGUCGCUUUUGCUCCCCUGUCCGUCUUCUUUGGCGGGGGCUUUGGGGAAAGAGGAGGAGAGAUCGCUCGCUGCUGGCCUGGGCCGCAAAAGUGACGGAAAGCUCAUUCAGAAGACCUUGGCUGCUAGGAGAUCGGUGAAGUUCUGGUUGUCAUUGCAGAGUCUCCGGCAGAUAUGUCUUUCCGCAGCAUAGUCCGGGAUGUUAGAGAGAGCUUCGGAAGCUUAUCAAGGCGGGGCUUUGACGUGAGGAUUUCAGGCCUCCCUGGUCUUUCCAGCCAUCAUCACCGGGUGAAGUCUUUCGGGCCACCGGGUGAGCCGCACGGCGGAGCUGUGGUGGCUGAUCAGAAUGGCUGGGUUGGUCUUCCUCCUGAAUUACUUCGUGAUGUGAUGAAAAGGCUGGAGGAAGGCGAGAGCACUUGGCCCUCGCGCAAAGAUGUCGUCGCUUGUGCGGCGGUCUGCAGCGCGUGGAGAGAGAUCUGUAAAGAUAUAGUUCAGAGCCCGGAGUUCUGUGGGAAACUCACUUUUCCGGUGUCGCUUAAACAGCCAGGACCUCGAGAUGGAUUAAUCCAGUGCUUCAUUAGAAGGGACAAAUCAACACUAACCUAUUAUCUCUACCUCUGCCUUAGCCCUGCUGUGCUUAGUGAGAACGGAAAGUUCCUGCUAGCAGCUAAGAGGAAUCGACGGACAACAUAUACCGAAUACGUAAUUUCUGUGGAUUCUAAAAACAUCUCGCGGUCAAGCAACGGCUAUGUUGGAAAAAUGAGGUCGAAUUUCCUCGGCACCAAGUUCAUCGUCUACGACACUCAGCCGCCAUACAAUGCCGGGAGCCUCGUCCCAUGCCAGCGAGGCAGCCGCCGCAUCUCUUCCAGGAGGGUCUCCCCAAAGGUGCCCACCGGUAGCUACCCCAUUGCCCAGGUGAAUUACGAGCUCAAUGUGUUGGGCACCAGGGGGCCGAGGCGUAUGCAGUGCACGAUGCACUCCAUCCCGGCCUCUGCAGUCGACCCGGAUGGUGUGGUGCCUGGGCAACCCCAGCAACUGCUCCCCGGUCCGUUCGACGAGUCCUUCCGCAGCACGAACGCCUCCUCCAGGUUCUCCAUGGCAGACUUCAGCAGCUCUCGCUUCUCAAGCUCCCGAUUCUCAGAUGUAAGUGGUGGGUUGCGUCGAGAGGAGGAAGAUGGGGAGGCCAAGGAGAGGCCAUUGGUUCUCCGCAACAAGGUGCCGAGAUGGCAUGAGCAGCUGCAGUGCUGGUGCCUCAACUUCCGAGGCAGGGUGACGGUGGCCUCCGUGAAGAACUUCCAGCUGACGGCAGCCGCGCCAGAGGUGACGGCCGCUGCUGUGCCGCCGUCGGAACCUUCACAGCCGCCCCAGCAGCAGCAGCUCCAGCCGUCAAGUUCAUCGUCGUCCUCGACGUCCGAUCACGAGAAGGUGAUCCUGCAGUUCGGUAAGGUUACCAAGGACAUGUUCACCAUGGACUACCGGUACCCGCUCUCGGCAUUCCAGGCGUUCGCCAUCUGCUUGACCAGCUUCGACACCAAACUGGCCUGUGAAUGAAUAGACCAGUACAGUGGCACAAGUGUUUACGUGAUAAGUCCAUCAAGAUCUUUUUCUUUCUCUAUUGCUGUUGUUGAUUUACUUGUUUAUUUCCCCGAGUGUCAAGAAUGGCAAGAAAUAUAAAGGUUUCGUUGUUGCUAUGUUUUUCAUGCCUCUGAACUUUACUGUACAUUGUAAGUAUCAGCAAAAGAUAUAAACAUCUUUGAAUAUGCGUGCAUUUUUCUCC